AUGAAAUUAUCGUUUACGUUUCUCUUUGCCAUCUUGGCAUUGCUGUGUGCUGUGCACUACAUCUCAGCUGCUACCGUUAUUUAUGCCGAUGAUAGUUUUUUGGAAGAACGCUUGGAAUACCCAGAAGUUAAGCCUGAAAUUAAGCCUAAAGUAAAUAAGGCUUUAGCUGAAGAAUUGGAUAAUGAACUUGAAGAUGAUGAUGAAGAAGCUGAAUUCUAUGAUGAUCUCGAAGAUGAUGAUGAUGAAAAUACACAAUUGUUUGAUGAACCUCAAUAUGAUGAUGAUGAUGACAAUACUGAAUUGCUUGAUGAUGAUGAAAAUGACUUGAUGGAAGCUGAAAAUGAUGACGAUGAGGAAAACGCCAAUGAAUUGGAAGAAAUUGAUGCUCGUGCUCGUCGUGGUAGACGUAGGAACCGUCGUAAUAGGCUUAGGCGUCGCAAGGGUCGUAAGGGACGCAAAGGUCGUAAGGGUCGUAAAGGACGCAAAGGACGCAAGGGCCGUAAAGGUCGCAAGAACCGCAAAAAUCGUAACCGCAGAAACCGCAGACGUCGUAAUCGUUCCGGUUAA